AUGUUGAUAAAGAAGUUCAGAGAAGGUCAGAAGCAGCUGCAUUGUGUCCUUGUAGAUCUGGAGAAGGGUUAUGACAGGGUGCCCAGAGAGGAACUGUGGUUUUGUAUGAGGAAGUCUGGAGUGACAGAGAAGUACAUGUUCAAGUGGUGCAAGACAUAUGACAUUGUGAUCUGUAGUGGGAGCAGGGAACAGGUGGAGGAGAAACUAGAGGUGUGGAGGUUUGACCUGGAAAGGAGGGGAAUGAAGUCCUUCUCCCUCGGUGCGGAGCCCGUCCGCAAAGGGGGACCUCCCCUUCUGUGCUCUCCCGAUGCCACAUUUAUAGACGCUAAGUGUUCCUCUCCACCAAUCCACCUAACCGGUGUUAAUCAAGGCAAUUGGGAGCACCUGGGGGGAAAAGUUCAGACACGCUUGUCCUGCCAAGCCCCCCUCACCGUAGGUGCGGUAGCAUACCUCAAACUCACAAAUGAGGACGGACACAGCGAAGUGGGAUUCCUCCUCGGCAAAGCACGUUUAGCUCCUAAACCAGACAUCACCAUACCCCGACUUGAACUCUGUGCAGCAGUCCUGGCCGUGGAAGUAGCAGAGUUGGUUCUAGAGGAGCUGGAUGUCACAGUCGAUCAGGUGAAUCUUUACACAGACUCAAAGGUAGUGCUUGGGUACAUCUCAAACACCAAGAGACGCUUUCACGUUUAUGUGCACAACAGAGUCGAACGCAUCAGGCGCUUUGCACAAACUCACCAGUGGCAUUACGUGCCCACACACUUAAAUCCGGCAGACCAUGCCACACGAGCGUUGCCCGCUGAGCAGCUCUCCAGCUCCACCUGGCUCAGAGGCCCAGCUUUCCUCUCCAGGUUGGACCAAAGUCAAGUUCGAAGUCAAACCUUCGAUCUCAUAGACCCAGAGACUGAGUGUGAGUUGCGUCCUGAGGUAACAACUUGCACUACCACCCUAUCAAAAGGCCAGUUUAAUAGUGCCAGAUUUGAAAGGUUUUCAAGUUGGAAGGUGCUGCAAAAGGCUAUUGCCAAACUCCAACAUAUAGCUCAAUCAUUCAAGAACAACUCUGAGGUUUCCUGUCGUGGCUGGCACAACUGCAACAAACAUUUAACUGAAAAGUCACUGCAACUAGCCAAGACCACGAUCAUUCGCACCGUUCAAAGAGAGGUCUUCGCAGAAGAUAUUGGAUGCAUUGAAAAAGGCACAGCUUUAAAAAACUCAAGUCCACUCAGCAAACUGAAUCCAUUUGUUGACACGCAAGGGCUCCUUAAAGUUGGAGGCCGACUAAAGAAAGCACAGUUGUCUGCAGAAGAAACCAAUCCCAUACUAAUCCCUGGAAAGCACCAUCUUGCUCAGCUCAUAAUAAGACACUUUCACGAAAAAUUAUGUCACCAGGGAAGGCAUUUCACGGAGGGAGCAGUCAGAGCAGGGGGCUUUUGGAUUGUGGGAGGAAAAAGAGCAGUAAGCAGUGUGAUUUUCAAGUGCAUCACAUGCCGCAAAUUAAGGGGCAGGCAACCUGAACAGAUCAUGGCUGAGCUACCUGAAGACAGGCUGUCCACGGACCCUCCUUUCACAAAUGUAGGCCUUGAUGUGUUCGGUCCCUGGUCCGUUACAGUGAGAAAAACGCGUGGUGCUAAUGCAGAUGCUAAAAGAUGGGCAGUCAUAUUCACCUGCAUGAGUACACGUGCAAUUCAUAUUGAAGUGAUUGAGUCAAUGGACACAUCGUCAUUCAUUAAUGCACUGCGUCGUUUCUUUGCCAUCCGAGGUGGUGCCAAACUCUUGAGAUCUGAUUGUGGGACAAAUUUUGUGAGUGCCUGCAAAGAGCUCCAAAUAGACAAACUAGGCUGUCACAAUGACAAAAUAGGCACAUUCUUGAAAGACAGUGCGUGCAAAUGGCAGUUUAAUCCUCCACAUGCAUCCCAUAUGGCUGGUUCCUGGGAACGCAUGAUCGGCGUCACCCGAAAAAUCCUCAAUGCAAUGCUCCUUGAACAUCCAUAUGGGAAGCUCACACAUGAAGUACUCGUGACAUUGUUAGCUGAAGUCACCGCAAUUGUAAAUGCACGCCCACUAACGGCUGUUUCUACAGAUCCCGAAAACCCAGUCAUUCUUACUCCUGCGAUGCUACUCACGCAAAAGGUUGGCACACCACCGAUUCCACCAGGGCAGUUUCAGUCCGGUGACCUAUUCAAAGCCCAAUGGAAGCGCGUGCAGUACUUAGCUAAUGUUUUCUGGAGUCGUUGGCAGAAAGAAUACAUCGCAGGCCUGCAGGUUCGUCACAAGUGGAAAACAAAAAAGCCAAACCUUCAAAUGGGCAACGUUGUUUUAAUGAGGGAGUCUCUAGAACAUAGGAAUAAUUGGCCACUCGGACUGAUCACAAAAUCUUUCCCAAGUGAGGACGGUAAUGUCAGAAAAGUUGAGGUUAAGAUUUGCCGAAACGGCGAGAAUAGGUUUUACAUUCGCCCAAUUCGUGAAGUUGUGCUUUUGAUGUCUAAGGAUAGCAUGUAAAACGAGUUGUUGUUUUGUAUCGUUCAUUAGUUAAGGGCUGACAUCUUGCAGAUGUCAGGCGGGGAGUGUUAUGUCCUCUGGUCUUAUGUUGACUACUUUUUGGGUUUAAUUUCUUUCUAAGAUUGUACAUUGUUCAUCCGUCCACAGGAUGUCGCUAUUCUAACUCAGAAUCUUAAGUUUUUCUUUGGUAUUGCUGUUUGCGCUCGGCUUCCCCUAGUGGCGACUUGCUGUAAGCAGCAGGCAGAAAGAACUUUUUAUUUCAGUUGGAAAAGAGGCCUUGAGGUGUUAAGACGUUACACACCUCCUCUGCACCAUACAUCGUUGGGAACCCUUGACAAAACAAAAUCUGUGGUGUGGUCACAAAUGCAGGGAAAGCAUGGAGGCGAGUAGUGAUGGGUCCAGUGACACCAAUGCGUCAAAAGGGAAACAUCCUCCAGGACAAUGAGGCCAUCACACAAUAAUGAUCAAAGAUACAUCAUGGAGAUUGUCUCCCCUUUCCCUUCCUCGCUCUCUUUAAAGGAAGGAAAUGACUUUAUUGCAGACUUUCUUAAGACACCAACACCCCUCAUUAUAAGGCCCAAGGGUUCAAAAGGUGCCUAGGCCAAGCAAACGGAGAGGAGAGACAACAAGACUCCAGGUCAGUCAGAUGAGCAGAGG